UUUGAUAGACCAUCUGACAAGUCGUCAACGGAGAGAACUUUUUGUUUCGUAUCACAUCGCCGUAUGUCAGAACGUCAUUUCACGCGAAGAGCAAUCUUGUCGUUUCGUGGUUUGCACUUAUUUACCCCAGCCUCUGCAUCCUAGACAAUGCGACAAUCACCCUCCGCGUAUCACUGAAGCAAAACACUUAGUUUAAAAUAAGGAAUAGGAACCCACAUGAAUGCCAGUACGAUUUGUCGUCCGAAAACGACGAAGAAAAAACGAGCAGAGAACCACAUCCACAACAGCAACCCGGAAGCGGAUUAUUGCCGCUGUUUUGUUUACGUGAAAAGUCUGAAAGCUUGCUGUGAAAAUAUUUACCAAACGGGCGAGGAGUAAAAUGUGGUCGUUCUUUUCGCGCGACUCGACAAAAGAGUUCCCAUACGAAAUCGGGGAACAGGUGCCUGGCUACGAGACACGUUCAAUCUGGAGCCUUCAUAAGGCCAAACGCAAAGGCACCAACGAUGAAGUGUCCGUGUUUGUUUACGACAUCAAGAAUGGAUCCGAAGCGAAAUUCGAGAUUGCCAAGGCAUUCCUCAAGCGCCUGAAAACGCUGCGACAUCCGAGUAUACUGCAGUUCCUGGACAGCUUGGAGACGGACAAAUCACUAUACGUUGCGACUGAAGCGAUCGAACCUCUCGGCAUUUACGUCACGAACUUGCAAACAGAUGGACCACAGAAGGACUUGUACUUGUCAUGGGGAAUAUUCCAAAUCACUAGAGCCUUGUCAUUUUUGAACAAUGAUGGUAAUUUACGGCAUAACAAUGUGUCCGUAUGGUCAGUUUUCGUGAAUGCUUCAGGUGAGUGGAAGCUAGGAAGUUUGGAAUAUGUUUCCCCAGUUGACGGAAAUCCUAUGCCACCGGUAAAAAUUCCGCCAGCUUUAGAGGUCUACGAUCCGCCAGAAAAGCAAGAUCCGAGUAAAUUGAAAGCUGCAACAAAAUGUUCGACUGAUAUGUGGGGCCUUGGAUGUCUAGUGUGGGAAGCUUUCAACGGACCAUUGAAAGCUCGUGGAAAUUUGAAAGAUAUUGAUUCGAUACCGAAAUCACUUACAGCAGUAUAUUGUGAAUUAGUGGGUGCGUCGCCCGCUAGUCGACCAAAUCCAGCUGAUAUCAUAAUGCGAUGUAGGAAACCUGGAGGAUUUUUCAAAAACGAUUUAGUUGAUUCACUAUUAUUUCUCGAAGAAAUUCAAAUUAAGGAUAAGGCCGAGAAAAAUAGGUUUUUUAGUAAUCUUACAAUGCAUUUAGAUAAUUUUCCAGAAAACGUUUGCAAACAUAAGAUACUUCCGCAACUAAUUACUGCUUACGAAUACGGUGAUGCCGGUUCUGCUGUGCUAGCUCCAAUGUUUAAGCUUGGACGACUAUUAGAUGAAGUAGAAUAUCAAAAACGAAUAGUACCUUGUGUUGUAAAGUUGUUUGCAUCCACUGAUCGAGUGACACGGUCGCGACUUUUACAACAGCUUGAAUUGUUUAUAGCACAUUUGCAACCACAAGUUGUAAACGAACAAAUAUUUCCACAAGUCGCCCAUGGUUUUCUUGACACGAAUCCUACAAUAAGAGAACAAACAGUAAAGUCAAUAAUACAUUUGGCGCUUAAACUAAAUUAUAACAAUCUAAAUGUGGAGGUUUUACGACAUUUCGCUCGACUGCAGGCUCGUGAUGAUCAAGGUGGCAUUCGAACCAAUACAACUGUGUGUUUAGGCAAAAUUGCGCCGCAUCUUCAUCCGCAGGUACGACAAAGAGUUCUAGUAUCGGCAUUUAUACGAGCUAUGAGAGAUCCAUUUCCUCCAGCGCGGGUAGCGGGAAUUUUAGCGUUGGCUGCUACGCAGCAAUAUUUUUUGUUAAGUGAAGUGGCUAAUAGAAUACUACCAGCACUUUGUUCUCUUACUGUUGAUCCCGAAAAGUCAGUACGUGACCCAGCUUUCAAAACAAUUAAGGGUUUCUUAGGCAAAUUAGAAAAAGUGUCAGAAGAUCCCAGUUUACGUGAAACUAUGGAGGCCGAUGUUCAUACAGCCACACCCUCUAUAGGUAAUGCUGCUGCCACGUGGGCUGGAUGGGCGGUCACAGCUGUUACAGCGAAAUUCUAUAGAAGUCAAAGUGAUACCGCUAGACCGCGGCCGCCAUUAACUGGUCGAAAUUUAUCAAAACCAGCAUCGUUAGAGCAGCCAUCUAGUAGUAGUUUAUCAACGACUACAUCGAGCGUGACGUCAAUGACAUCUUUAGAACAUGAAAGCAAUGACACAUCUGCCUCGGCCAGCGAUUACGGAGCCGAUAACUGGGAUAAUGAAAACUGGGGUGAAAUGGAUACAUCACAAGAUCCCAGCAGUCCAAUUGCUGGAACGUCAAACAAUGGACAACUCAGUGCACAAGAUGCACUGAAUGAUGUCCGGGAUGGCUGGGAUAAUGAUGACUGGGGUAGUUUAGAGGAAGAACCAGAUAAGAAUGAAGAACAAGAACAACCAGAAGAAACACGGCCUAACGACCUUCCAAAUAUUAAUACCAAUUGCAAUAAUGUUAGUCCUGUGAGUGAUAGCCAUACAAAUAACUCAAAUGCAAAUUGGAACAGUGAUUCGUGGGCGGACGGCGAAUUCGAGCCGAUUGAGGAACCAUUAACAGGCAACCCGAAACUGGACGAAGCACGGCGAAAACGGGAAGAGAAGAAAGUGCAACGGCAACGUGAAUUGGAAGCUCGACGUGCACAACGUGGCCCGAUGAAGUUGGGCGCGAAAAAGCUUUAAAGUUUAUAUAUACAAAUUUGUUUUAAAUUCUGUCUUUCUAUAGGUUUUUUGAAAAUGUAGAGAAGAGAGAAUUAGUUUAAAAAGGAACAUACAUAUUGCUACUCGCGUAUAAGAACAUAUUUUGGUUUAAUUCUUUCCUCUAUCUCUAUCUAUUGUUUUUAUUAUAACGCUUACGAACUUCUAGACAUAGGUGAAAUCAACUUCUUUAAUGUACUGUAUCAGCUAUCUGAUUGUUGGAAUUAUUAUGAUUGUACUUAUUAUUAUCAUUGUAUAUGUAUCAAGAGAGUAUGUUUAAAGCAACUAUAACUAUGGAAGAACCGAAAUGCGGAAAAAGCAACUUAGAAUAAUUUUUCGGUGGAAUUACAUAGAAAGCAACUUAAGAUGGUCAAGUUUACGAAUUUGGUUUGCAUUAUAACAGUAAAAUUUGUUGUUGCUCCUAACCAAGAUUGCAGUGGUGACUGAAGAUUGUAUCCGUUGCAUUUUUUAAACAAUGCCGAGUCCUCCCCUCAUGUUAGCUAUUGUUUUUUGUUCCUAUUGUAAAAAGUGGAGAUAGACGUCUGUACGACUGUAAAUGAUUUUAUUUUGACGAGAACUUUAAAUGUGGUGUGCAGUGCACAACAGUCUUGGAAAUUUUAUUGGUUAAAAAAAAUUCAAAUGCGUGCAUGCAUUGAGUCGAAAGAAGAAAGUAUCAAAAAUUUUGAUUGAAUCCCAAGUUUGGGAGGAAAUGUUGUCAGUUAGAAUACCUUGUAAAAAGUCAGAUUCCUUGUAUGGGUUGAACGUUGCUUUAAUAAACUCAAAUAUAUUGUAUUG